AUGCUCUCACUUAUACUUGGGGAACCUUUACAAAACUCAGACCAAGGCUUCUCAUUGCCUACUUUCAUCCACUACACCUAUUCCCCCCCGACGCUCGCGCACGCGACGUUCGAGGUCCUCCUUUUCCUGCCUUCUUUCCUCGCGUCGGGUCGCCUCGAGGCGCUUGGCUGCGUCGUAAAACGUCUCGUUGCCGAUGCGCACGUACGUCAUGAAGAGUUCGAUCCCGCCGCCCACGACGAAAGCCAGCGGAACAACCUUCAUCAGCGCUUUGGGCAGCGGCACUUGCCUCGCCAUAGCACAAAGUUUGGAGCUAUUUGGGACAAGUGCGUGUGCCGUCGAUUUCGUAGAGGGUACGAUUCAACGCGACCAAAUAGUCGGAUUCAGUCUGACAGAGCCGGCGAGUUUUGGCGAAUUGGAGGAAAGAUUAUCUACCACUUCAACGCCCUCCCCACGCUUCCUUUCUCUAGGUAG